CCUUAGAGAUACUGGGGCGGUGGUCUACGUACAACAUUUGCCUGCGAGAGACAUUCACACUUAAAGAAGUGGAAACCAGUACAAAUAAAAAUCAAACUAAUUGGGACAGAUUCGCUAUGGCGUCACUUGGGUUGCAGAUUUUAGGCAUUACCCUCGCCUUUGUUGGUUGGCUGGUGGAUAUUAUAACCUGCGUCCUUCCAAUGUGGAGAGUAACCGCAUUCAUCGGCAAUAACAUUGUAACGGCACAGAUCAUUUGGGAAGGACUGUGGAUGGCGUGUGUUGUGCAGAGCACGGGACAGAUGCAAUGCAAAGUUUAUGACUCUAUGCUUGCUUUGCCACAGGAUCUGCAAGCUGCUCGGGCUCUAGUGGUUCUCUCAAUUUUGGUAUCUGUUUUUGGAGUUCUCUUGGCAGUUGUUGGGGGCAAAUGCACUACUUGCAUCAGUAAUGAAACAGCUAAGGCAAAAGUUGCCAUUUCCGCGGGUGUGUUUUUUAUUAUCGGAGGACUGCUGUGUCUAACAACCGUCUCCUGGUCAGCGCACACCAUAAUCAGAGACUUCUACAACCCUCUGUUUUCUGAUGCACAAAGAAGGGAGCUCGGUGCCUCGCUUUACACUGGAUGGGGCGCCGCAGGCCUGCUUCUUAUCGGGGGUGCGACACUGUGUUGUCAGUGUCCCCCUAAAGAAGAACGACCACACGUUGCGAAAUACCCCGCACAUAAGUCAGCUGCCUCGACGAAAGAGUUUGUAUGAGGACAUUUUGUUCCUGCAUUUAUUUUACUAAGCUUUUCAUCUUUUACUGUAACGGAACACAACCUUGCAUUGUUAGUCAUCGAUGUGAGUAAUAUAUUGUGAUAUCUUGUCUAAAAGUAAGGAAUCUGCUAACCCAACAGUACUUUGAUUCAAGUUUAGGUAUACUGACCAUAAACAACAUUAGUUACGUAAUACAACACUGCACUUUAGGUAUUAAUAUCCUGGUUAAUCGGAGUUAAUCAUUUUAUUAGUUAGGUGACAAUAAUUAUUAUCUCAUGGAAUGUUUUUAUUUUCUAAAAUAAACACAUUUACUGACCUGCUUAAACAAUAAAUAAAUAACUAAUUAAUUUAA